CGACCGCGCGCUUCGUGCUUCGCGGGACGACUACUUACAACAUAAACUAACUAAGUACUUCUACCAGAACUACAGGAGCUAGAAAACGAAACUACGUUUAGUUAUGGCCUAUUUCCUGAAAAUGCUGAAAACAAAACGCGGAAUUGAAAUGAUUGUAUCGGGCUGACCGAAUUGCUGUCACUGUCACUUGGUCAUCAACAGAUUUUUGAGGUUAUGCGAAGCGGGGUCAAUGUAUUCAUAACAAUAUCAUACAAAACUAAACAAAAUGCCUCUCGAUUACCGGAGAUUCAAUGGACCUGAAGAUAGUAUACCUUACAAACGUUUCACUAAAGACUUUGUGAAGAGUUAUGAUGAACUUUUCAAGGAGUUACUGGACGAUAAGGGAGUUCGUAAAGACGGGCGCGCUUUAUCCGAAGCGCGUAGCAUGUGUAUGUUUUUUGCAAGAGCGGACAUGGUUUCACAGGCGAAGGGAUCCGCUUACGUUGAACUUCGGAAAACAAAGGUCGUUUGUUCUGUGUUCGAUCCACGAGAAAUUCCUCAUCAGAAUGAAUUUAGUGAACUUGGUCAAAUAUUCUGUGAAGUGAAAUUCGCGCCAUUUUCGUGUCCGCGUAGGCGGCGGCCGCACGCUCCCGACGCUGAAGAAAAAGCUUUAUCUGUGGCACUAAGGAAAGCUCUAGAACCCUCCGUUUGCAGACACAUGUUCCCUAAUUACCAGGUUGAUGUCUUCAUAUACAUUCUGGAAAAUGAUGGAGCAUGCUUAUCGGCAGCAAUAAACGCUGCUGGCCUGGCAUUAGCAGAUGCUGCGGUCCCAAUGUACGACAUCAUAACAUCCUGUACCGUCGCUGUCAUCGGAGACAAAAUGUUUGUGGACCCUACCGAAGCUGAAGAGUACUUAGCAACAACAAACCCAGAUACACCAAUAAAUCAUGGAUUACUUACACUGUCUACGUUAUCCGAAUUGAAACAAAUAUCAGACUUUAUUCAGAUAGGAUCGAUGGAUGUUGUCAGUGUUACAAAUGCAAUGGAAGUUUUAGAACAAGAGUGUGAGAAACUUGUACCGCUGGUCCAGAAAGUGCUAGUAGGUAAUGUACUGAAGUGCUUUGACCAGAGAAAACGGUUGGAGGAAGAAGCUAAUGAAAGAGAAAAGGCUUUAAACUCCAAGAUGGAGGAAUGGAAAAAAUUAUUAAAUGCUGGAUGAGAUUUA